ACUUGUUUACAGUUUAUGAGGAAGUCACUGCCGGGAAAAAUCAAAACUCCGCCUUUAAAAAACCCCAGAGAGUCGUGCUAUCUGCACUCAUCUGCCCUGAGACUCACAGACGUGCCACACAAGUUGAGUUUAAGAAGGAUUGGCCAUUGUUACCUACCGAAUCUGUUCGUCUGCAGCAUGCCUCUGACAGUGUCUCAAGGUGAGGGUUUGACGGUCAUCACCAUCGCCUCAAACCCGAAGAGCAAAUGGCCCGUACUGUGUCAGAUUCUGGGUUUUCUGUGCUACAGUCCAGUCUGUUCUGUGUCCCAGGACAUCAAAAAAGGGGAACUGAAGGUCGUCCACACAGGUUUUGGAAUUGUGCAGAUGUUAACUGGUGUCCUCAAUAUUGCGGUGGGGAUUGUGUUUACAUGCGUCGGGUUGUACUAUAACAUGUAUAGAAUAGCCCAGGGACCCUUUUGGCUCGGUAGUGUGUUCCUUGUUGCUGGAAUCGUGUGUAUUCUUGCAGCUAGGUUUCCCAAUUUUUGUCUGGUGAUAAUCGGGAUGGUUUUGCACAUAGUCAGUGCUGCACUGGCUAUCACUGCUGUUGUGCUGUAUUCAGUGGACCUUGCAAAUGAUCAUACUGACUACUGUGAAACCUACAAUUCUUAUUAUUCAAGUUAUGAUAAUGGUUAUGGUUAUGGUUAUGGUUAUAGAACGCCUUCCCCUGAAAUGAGUAGGAGAAAUGACAUCUGUCUGUACUACAGGAACCUCAUUGAGAUGAUCUUCAGAGGACUAGAUAUCAUGAUGAUAGUGCUGUCUGUCCUUCAGCUCUGUGUGACCAUCAGUUUCUGUGUUUUGACUGGAAAAGCUUUGUGCAAGAAGGAUGAAGAUGCAAAGUCGGUGGAGGAUCCAGAACUUCACAAGCCGCUCCUGGAAGACGCCACUGCUGGUGCUACAUGACAAGAUAAGCACACAAAACAAUCAAAGUUGCUCUUUGUGCUUGUAAUGCAAUGACAUUUUGUCUCUCAAUAUUGUAGUGAAAAGAUUGAAAGCAAAUCUCAUGCACCCCGCAACACUUUUAAAUUACACAUUUAAUUACACUUAUUUUUUUCUUUUACAAAAGUGGUGUUACCUCUCUCUCUAUGUAAAGAUUAUUACCUUUUUCAAUUUUGUUGUGAUCUUUGGGGCUGCUUUUCUAAAAUAAAUGACUGGAGCACUUGAUAUCAA